AGGUGACCUGAUUGCUCAGACCAGCAUGUUACUUCAGUUCACAGGCGUAUGAAGUGUAUUUGUCUGUUUGUCUACAGAUAAGCAAUGAACAUAAUGUUGGCAUGCUUCCUAUGUCUUUCGCUCCUCCUGUCAUCUUCCCUUGCCAUUCGGACUUUAAAGGACGGACCCAAGAUUGAUAAAGAUGGGAGGCAGUACAAGUCGCCCGCCGUCAUCGUUGAGACUGAUGACACAAGCGAAAUCCAACGCGGGCUCACGCCUCUCGUGCAAGUGACGUGCACGCCGACGUCCAUGAUCAUACAGGUGAAGGCUGACAUGCACGGGACGAGACAUUUUGUGUCUCCUGGGGAGAUUUUCCUGGGGGGUGCCGAGUAUUCAGGCCUCAGACAGUGCCAGGCCAUCCCUGUUGGUGAGUCUGAGCAGGUCAUCAAGGCUGGACUCCAACACUGCGGCACCGAGCUAUCAAUAUCAGACGACUCUGUGAUCUACUCAAACCGGCUGACCUUCUUGCCUGCUCCCCGUCAUCAUGGCAUCACAAGGAAGACCAAAACUGUUGUUCCCGUUUCCUGUCACUACAAAAGGACACACAUUGUGAGCAGUCAGCCUCAGAUUCCCGUCAUCCCUGCCAAGACUCCAUCUGAGACCUCGACCUUCUCGCUGAGGCUCAUGUCCGAUGACUGGACAAGACUAAGGCUGUCCAAUGUCUUCUAUCUCGGAGACAAGGUCAACGUGGAGGCGUCCUACACCAGUCGUGGUCCAGAAGCAAGACGGUUCUUCAUUGACAGCUGUGUAGCAACUCUGAACCCAGAUCCAACAUCAGUGCCCCGAUACUUCCUCAUUGAAAACAAUGGGUGUCUGACAGACUCAAAACAGCGUGGCUCAAGAGCUCGCUUCCUGGCCCGAACGAGAGCGGAUGUUCUCCAGCUGCAGCUUGACGCUUUCCUGUUUCAGCGUUAUGAAAGGAACACUCUCUUUCUAACGUGCCAGUUGAAAGCCACCUCUGAAAUGUGGAGCCGCAGCCCUGUCAACAAGGCUUGCACUUAUGUGCAUUCAAGAUGGGAAAAUGUGGACGGCAGCGCUGACGUGUGCCGUUGCUGUGACAGCACCUGCAAGAAAAACUCCCAUCGACAUCUGAAGCCAGAUGGUACCACGAUGUGUGAAGUUAUCGUUCUAGGCCCUCUUGUGAUUCUGCCCAACAUGUAGGCGAACAACAAAGUGUUAAAUACAAUGAAUGGUCUUUUUA